AUGCCAAGGAAGGAAGGAAAACGGCAAGAAAAUGGUGAGGGAGGCCAACAAGGAAAGAAGAAACAAGGAAGACAAGACGAACGGCAAGAAAAGAAAAAGCAAGGAAGACAAGACGAAUGGCAAGGAAAGCAAAUAGUAAUAGAAUGGAAGAAAGAAAAAUGGCAAGAGAAUAGUGAGAGAGACCAACAAGGAAAGAAGAAGCAAGAAAGACAAAAUGGACGGCAAAGGAGGCGAAUG